AUGCGGGCGCCACUCUGCCUGCUGCUGCUCGUCGCCCACGCGGUGGACAUGCUCUCCCUGCACCGGAGAAAGAAGCAAGCAGGCACUGGUCUGGGGGGAAACUGCACGGGCUGUGUCAUAUGCUCAGAGGAGAACGGCUGUUCUACCUGCCAGCAGAGGCUCUUCCUGUUCAUCCACCGGGAAGGUAUCCGCCAGUAUGGCAAGUGUGUGCACGACUGUCCCCUCGGCUUCUUUGGAAUCCGUGGCCAGGAGGCCAACAGGUGCAAGAAAUGUGGGGCCACAUGCGAGAGCUGUUUCAGCCAAGACUUCUGUAUCCGGUGCAAAAGGCGGUUUCAUCUAUACAAAGGGAAGUGCCUGCCCACCUGUCCUCCAGGCACCUUGACCCACCAGAGUACCCGGGAAUGCCAGGAGGAGUGUGAGCCAAGCCCGUGGGGCAGCUGGAGUCCCUGCAUACACAAUGGGAAGACCUGUGGCUCAGGCUGGGGCCUAGAGACCCGGGUGCGGGAGGCUGGCCCAGCCAAGCAGGAGGAGAUGGCGAGUUGCCGAGUGUUAUCUGAGUCAAGGAAAUGUCCUAUAAAGAGGCCCUGCCCAGGAGAGAGAAAUCCCAGGCAGAAGAGCCGGAAGGAUCGACGCCAUCGCAAGGACAGGAAGUUGGAGCGCAGGCCGCAGCAGCCUGGCUCACAGUGA